AUGAAGAGGGGGACGAAAUGUAUCGCUCAGACUAUCAACCUGUCUAAUCCUGAGACGUGUAUUCGACCAAGGCAGAUCCAGAAACUCGUCGACGCGGAAGUGAUGCAGCCCUGUCCGACUUCGGGGUCCUCCUAUUGGACCCCAAGGCCAGUGGCGGUCAAAGUUUGCUCGCGGAGGGAUGUGCAGAGGACUUGUCCACCAAAGCUAUGCGACUGCCCGCCAAAGGCGCCGCCGAAGACAGUGGGGCAAAAAUUCUGCAAAGCCCUCCUGUUCGUCCUGAAGAGUGGCAUCGCGGCUGGCCUCGUUUAUUGGACACAUUCCGAGGGUUUGUGGGGAUCCAGCGCCGACGUCGAGGACCUCUAUUGCAGGAUAAUGACGACCAUCGCGCCAGCCCUGCCUGAAGAGUACAAUGGCAACGAUAUCAAGUUGCCUCGUAUGGGACUCUUCAAGUACAGGAUGAUCCAGAGGUAUAACCGUAUGGUGUUCACGAUCAUGAAUUCCAUCGUGAGCACGUCGGUGAAGGUGCGAGAGCAACUUCAAAGGAUCCUGAUCACGCAGGACGAGAAAAUCCAGAACGAGAAAACCCAGGACGAGAUCACCCAGGACGAAUCGUCCACCGACGUUACGGACGGCGAAGAUAAAAGCUAG